GAUUAUUCCCUCCGGGUUCUAGUGGCGCCAGUUUUGGAAUCUUCUUGGAAAGUGGUGUGUGGUUAGUCGGCAAAGGAGGUACGUGUGAAGCUUGGCCUACUAAACCGGAAUGGAUGCUGUCAGUGAGCAAGUAAAAGAUAUGGAGAAGGUGAGCAAGGAGCUGCUUAAGUUGAUGAGUGGAGGCAAGGCCAUGAACAUGCUGAAGCACAUCCUGACCAAACAGGAACAGAUGAUUGACAAACUCCUGGAAACUCAAAAGACUACAAAACAGCUGAUCCAAGAGCUUAUGACUGCUGAGGUAAAAGUGGCCCAGAAGCUGGCUGACCAGGAAGAAGAGCUGAACGCAAGCCUCCAAAAGUUGCAGAAAAUAGAAGAUGAAUUGCUGCAGGCAAGUGAGAAGGAUGACAAACAGAGGACCAGCACCAGUGAAUUAAGGAAAGAGCUGGAGGCACUGAGAGAAGAAAUCAAGCAGGAGAAGAGCAUGGCUGAAGCAGCUGAAACAUGCAUGGCAGCUAAGUAUCUUGUGCAUCUUUAUUACGCGAUCUGCCACAUUGACUGGGACUACUCCUGUGAACCAGAGGUGAUCAAAGGAACCCACUAUGGGCCAGACAUCGCUCAACCUAUCUACCUCAGCACCGAGUUCUCCCGCUGCUUCAUCAGUAACUACCUGUGGAGCCUGGUGAGUACCGACUGGUGAAUGGAGUGGCCCGGGAGAAGCAGAAGCAAAGAGGCUACAGAUACGGACAUGGACCAAGGAUGGACAAUGUGCAGCAGUCCAGAUGAUGUGGGUCUUCAGCUCUCCAGAGCCCUAGUGAACACAACUGAUAGUGAGGAAUGAUGGGAAGGGGCGCUCUGAUAACAGCCUUUACGGCACAUUUCUGCCAUAAAAACGUCCUCAGCUGUUUCUUUCUGACGUAUGGUUUUGACAAGAGCUGUGCGCUGGACAGCCCUGUUUCAAUAAAUAAGACUAGAGAAAACUAAAA